AUGGAGAGUCCUUCUGGGAUCGAAUACAAUUUUGAGGUUGAUGAUAUUCUUGAUGAUUUGGAAAACGCAUCACGUAUUCCUGCCAGGCAACGGUCGGUAAAGGUUUCAAGCCACGUGGAUAGACUAUGCUCGAGAGCGUAUGGAGAAGGGUUAUCUAAUGCGUCGCUGGAAAAGCUUAUUGACAUCCUCACUCUGCCCAACGAGCUCGAUCAAGGAAGUGUUGGGAACUUGAUCAAACAUCUUUAUCCGGCGAGCAAAGUUCCAGAUGCAGUAGUCAUCAAAGUAGUGGGAGCUCUGGGCCAUGGAAAGGCCAAACCCUCUUAUGCAGCUCAGGCCGCAUUGUUGAAAUGGAUAGUCCUGGUCUAUGAUAUUUUGGAGAAUCCAAAGAUUUUGUCACAACUUUAUGCUGUACUGUUCAAUUUGCUUGAUACUAUUGCCCUCAGGUCACAGUUGUGUCACGUGUUGUCCCUCAUCACUCGCCGAAAACACGUUCGACCAUUUAGGAUACAGGCAUUAAUGCAAUGGUCAAGAAAAGCGGGUCACGAUCCAGCUCUGGUAGGACUUAUGAGGGUAUACAAAGAUUACUAUCCCGAGGUCAUCGUAGGUGACGUGACUUCCGGGAGAGCUUCAGUGUUUAUGCAUCCAAAUCGUGAGUGGCGGGAAAGGCUCGGCAUAAUCCAAGAAGAUCAUCUUCAGAAGAUAGAGGACAAGCUUGUUUCUACUCAUCAAAAUUUCCGUAUAUCCCGAAAGACUACCAAAGAGAGAAAGCACGGGUUUUUACCUGAGUACAUACUCGUAUGGCCAAGAUACUUCAAUCACACUAGAGGAAAGAAUGGUCGGUCCUCCGAGACGCAGACAGCAGAUAUGCUCGAACUUAUACUACAAUACACUAGAUACACCAAGAUACUGCCUUCGGCAUGCUUCUCGUAUUUGGAAUCCCUGCUACCUUUUUGGAACGGUAUCACAAACCGUGAUGUAAUCUUAGAGUUGUUAAGCUAUACUCCCAUUGGUUCCUUUGACGACCUUUACCAGAGUAUAUUCUCUCUAGUUGAAGAUGCAGUUAUAGAUGGUACUCACGAGUCGCAGCUUGCUCUCCUCAAAUUCUACAAAGCUUUGCUCGGCCAGUGGAAUCUCAACAUACUCUCGGAGACUUCAACCUCAACAAACCAUGGUACAGACCUAGCCGCGCUGGUGAAUCACGCCAAUCAGCUGGCCGUCACAAUUCUGCAACAGCCUUCGAGUGUUUCAACUUACUCAAAUAUUCUUGAGUUUUACGAAGCGAAUGCAUUCCUCAUAUCUCACCCAGCUAUAACAUCUAAAGUCCGAAUAGCUAUUCCCCCGCCUCAAAUUGUUUACACACUCUUCUUCAGCUCCAAUUUAUCGAUCAUCUCCCGCAUUUGCAACAUCCUGGCCCUCUACAAGAAAUCUCUUGAGAUGGCCAUGGCCUCACGCACGGGUUCGAAUGCACUUGGCAAUCAGUCAUAUCCCAAGGAAUAUGUCAAUCGCUUCAAUGGUUUUCUAAUGGAUAUCUGCAAUUGCUUGUGGAGAUCACGGGCUUUCCUCACAGCAGAUGUGAAUGCACUUGGCUGUUUACUCCCAGAGCAGACGAUGGGAGUUUUGGCUGUUUACGUUGGCAAGCUAGAAAAAUCGCUUUCACUCAACUCCCUAUUCAGUAUCUCGUACUCGCCAGCAACAUGUCAUCUUGCCAUUACAUAUGUGAGGGAAUUAGAGGACCAAGCCGAAGAUAAAAUUGACGUAAGACACGCUGGACCAGUGACACAAGUUUCUUUGAAGAAGCUUCAAGAAGACGGUGGGUUUUCUGUAUCGUGGCAAGACUAUAGAUUGGGUGUCUUGAGAUAUCUGGAGCGCAAAGGUUUCCCUGGGGCUGGAGAAUUGAUGUACAACACUAUGAAGCAUCUCAUGGCUGCCAGACAAAUUUCCGCAUAG